UCGCCGAUGUUUUCUGCAACGGUUUUCGUCUCGCGCUAACCUCACUCCAAACGGUAACCGGAAUAAACAAACGAAAAAAUCGGUCGAAAUGUCGCGAAAUCAUGAAAUUUUCGGUUAAAAUGUUCGUUUAAGUCGGUGACAAUCAGUGUGAAGUGUUUUCUUUAAGUGGAUUUAGUAAAUAAAUGCGUAACGCGAGUGGAUAAACGAUGGAAGGCAAGCAGAUAAGCGCGCGUACUGCGCGUCUGAAUGGUUUCAUUCUUGGUCAUUCGGUUGGUCCGCUGCCAAAUUCCGCUACAUCGUCCGGUGGUAUUACGGAUGUGCAGCACACCGAAGAUGGCUCGGUGCCACUGGAAACGGCCCUUUCCCGCGAGGGCUUGCUGGAUUCGCUGUUUGUGCUGUACGAAGAGUGCAGCAAAGAUGUCAUCAAGAAGAAGGACAAAAAUGUUGCCGACUUUGUCAACAAAUAUCGGCCCAUCAUCAACCAAACUCGAACCAUACGGGUCAACGUGAACGAUUUCAACGUGAAAAACCUAAUCGGAAAAGGAUACUUUGGAGAAGUUCAUCUCGUUUCGGAAGCUGCCACCGGCGAAGUGUAUGCCAUGAAGAAGAUGCGCAAAGCGAUGGUCACUUCUACCCAGAUUCGCGAGGAGCGCGACAUUAUGGCCUCGAGACAGUCGGACUGGAUCACAUCGCUACAGUAUGCGUUUCAGGACCAAGAGUGCCUCUACCUGGUGAUGGAGUACUUGCCGGGUGGUGACCUGCUUAGUCUGAUGAUUCGCAUUGGCGUAUUCGACGAAGAGCUGGCCCAGUUCUAUUUGGCUGAAUUGACAGAGGCACUGCAUUCGCUGCACAGUAUCGGAUAUGUGCACCGUGACAUCAAGCCGGAGAACAUCCUCCUCGAUCGGUUUGGUCAUCUCAAGCUGGCUGACUUUGGUAAUGCCACGGCCAUCAAUAAGGAUGGCAGUGUUACCAGCAUGACCCCGGUAGGGACUCCGGACUACAUAGCACCGGAAUUGUUGCAAACCCUCUCCACUACCAUCAAGUCGUCUAGAGGAAACCACGAUGUGACAUGCGAUUUCUGGUCCAUGGGCAUCAUCGGAUAUGAGUUUAUAACGGAGACAACCCCAUUUCAUGAUGAGAAUGUUAAUGAAACCUACUCGAAGAUUUUGUCGCAUUGCGAGGGUCGAUUCGCAAGGAAGUUGGAAUACCCAGCGCACGUUGCCAUUUCGUCACAUUUUAGAGACCUAUUGGAUCGACUGGUAACGAAAGUGUCCAACCGAAUCGGCUACAAGGAGAUCAAGAGGCAUCCGUUUUUCAGUGAUAUUAACUGGGAAAAGUUGAGGUACAAGAUUCCUCCGAUCAUACCGAAUGUGAGUAGUGAUGACGACGUGUCCAACUUUGAAGAUGUCGAUAAGUCACUGAAAAGGAAUGCUUUCAUCAACAAACCGACAUAUCCGAUAUCCAAGGUACACGACUUCAGUGGCCAAAAUUUGCCUUUUCUUGGAUACACCUACGUGUACGAGGAAGCAGAUCCUGCUGGAAAGUAUCGUGAUACCGAUGAACAUAUGGCAACGACGCGGCUAUCGCAAAAGAUUAAGGAACAAGACAAACUGAUCAAGGAUCACAAGAACGAAAUUCAUCAACUUCAGAGAGAUUUAUUGGAAAAAGAUCGCAAAAUUGCAACUGUCAACGCCCAUAACAAGAUUUUCGGUGAAACCAAGAAAGAACUGGAGAAUCUCCAAGAACUGUUGAAGGUGAAAACGGCUGAAUUGGCAGCGGCUAAGACUGACAUUAAAACGCUUAAGAACCGAUUAAAAAUCGAAGAAGAGCAACGUUCGAAGAACGACGCUUCAAUUGCGGACCUACUGAAGCAAACCUACAAGAAAUGGGAGCGGGCCAAACAGAGCUCCGAUCAGAACUACGAGAAACAAAUAGCGGAGCGUCGAACGGAAAUCAGUGCCUUGAACGAAAAGUUUCGCGCUCAGACGACCGAGUUGCGAUCAAAGGUGGAGGAAUGCGCUCAGCUGCAGUCGAUGAUAGAGAAUUACAAGGACUUGCUGAAGAAAUCCAAGGAUAAGUUGAUGGCGGAUAAGGAAGAAUACGACAAGAACCAUCGGGAUCUAGUGGCUGUCUAUGAAGCAAAACAUGUGGAAAUGAAGCAAAAGUGUAAGGCGGAAAAAGAGUUGCGAGUGAAUCAAGAAGAGCAAGUUCGAGAGCUACGGGCUCGCUUGCAAGAGUACGAAAACAAUGUGAAGAAUACGGAACACUUGCACAAGAAGUUCGUGGAUAACAUCAAACGAAGAAUGACCAUUCAGAUGGAAGAAGCGAAACAAGUGUCGGACAAAAUGAGUGAAGAAAUGCAGCGGAAGUGUGAAGAUUUGCGGAAGGAGAUCAACAAGUUGCAGGAGCAAAGUGUUUCCAGCAGUGCCAACAGUAGCAAGCGCAGUUCGCUGCAGGAGCAGGAGUUCCGCAGCGCCAACUCCAGUAUCCAGUCGCUGAAUGUGCAGGUGGAGGAACAACUGCGGCACGAUUUGAUUCGGGCAAGAGAAAGCGAAGAUCUGCAGCGCAAACGUGCUGACGGUUUGGAGGAGGUCGUCUCGCGAUUGGAGAAGAUUAUCGAUCAGUUCAAGACGGGCCACCCGGUGGGCGCAAGUGGCAAGUCAGACGGUACGACAUCGCUUCUAGAGCGACAGAACGAACGGUUGGAGGACAAGCUGAGCGCGAUUCGAGAACAGUCUAUCCUUGACAAACAGUCGGCUCGUUCGGCCAACCUGUCUCUGUGGAAAUUGGAGAAGGAAUUGGAAAGGGUCAAGCUAGACAACUCGAUUCUGGGACGGCGGGUUGAGCAGGCUGAUGAGAGGGUAAACAGGGUGCGGAAGGAAAAGGAAGAGGUGGCGUUCAAGAUAAAGCAGUUGGAGGAGACAAUCAGCGGAAAGGAGAAGCAAAUUGAUGAUUUGAAGGAAGACAUAAGGCUGCUGAAGGAUGAACUGAGGAAGGAACGGUACUCAAGAGAUUCAAACGAGAAAGGACGCUUGGCAGAGAAGGCAGAGUUGAUAACUGCUGCCGCGAAAAUCCAGAGUUUGGAGGAGAAGUUAGAGGAAGCGAAGCAGAAAGCAAAUCAGGCAAAUGAUAAGCUUAGAAUGAUGACAUCGGAAAAUUCCAAACUCAUGCGAGAGUUGGACGAAAGCCAAGAAGAGUUGGCUGAUGCCCACGGGUCGGUCAAAGAGUUGGAAGAAAAGUUGGCAGUUGCGACAAGAAACUUUAAUAUGCUGAAGGGGGCCUGUAGCAUCACGGAAACCCAACUAACGGAAUUGGAAAUUCUUCUGGAGAAGGAACAGAGGAAGAAUAAAGAAUGUGAAGAAACAGUCGCUGCUUUGUACAAACAAAUGAAGGAUAAAGAUGCUGAGCUAUCCAAACUGCGCCAAGAAAUAAAUCAAGAGAAAACAUCCAAGACUUUGAGUGAGUCGAAAACUUCCCAACUUGCGUCGGAAUAUGAUGAACUGCGCAAGAAGUUUGAAGAUUUGCAAAAUCAAAUGGUUGAUCAGCAGAAAGAUCUCAUUGAAAAAACCACCAGUCUUUUCGAGGUUCAAGAACGUAUCGAGAUGCUCAAUCUAGACACCUCAAACCUGCAGAAGGUUGUGUCAAACUACGAGCAAGAGCAUCUGAUCCUGAAGGAAGAGAACUCUAAAAUUCUCACCGAUCUGUUCUUAGCUAAAGAACACAUAACAAAGCAGAAUAAUGACAUCAAAGACUACAAGAAUCAAAUAAAUCAGUUAAACAAUGAGCUUGACCACGUCAAGACAGUCCUUACGGAGCAGAAAACGUUCUACACCGAACGAGACAUCAAAUCGGAAGCAACUCUUGCUCAGCACAAGAAGCUGAUCGAUUACUUACAAGCUCGCGUCGAGGAAGGAUCUCAUAAAAAGAAGAAAACUUUUGCCGAUAUGCUUUUCGGUAGCAGUAAUCACGAGAAGAAAGAAAACGUCCCACCAAAUCCUAUCCUGGUAGAAAACACCACCAGCUACAAGAAGCUUCAAGAUGAGCUGCAAAAAGAGCGCCAACGUACGAACCAGCUCAAAGAACAACUGCUGCGAGCGAAAACCGAUAUGAUUGCCAUGCAGGGUUCUCUUAAGAAGGCCCAAAAAGACGAAGAAAAUAAUCAGCAGGUGGAAGCCAAGGACAAACAACUCCCGGGAAGGACCCCUUCCAAGAUGCAGAAACCUUCCUUCCGACAGGAGCCUGCAGCCACCCCUAAGAAACCCAACCCACCAGGAGGAAAGUCCCACACCUUUGACAUGACUUUGGAAACGUCCUCAUCGAAAAAUCCGAUUCAACUGUGUAGUGUUUGCGAUCGGCACAUUCUGGCUGGCCACCCCUACUGGAAGUGUACGGUUUGCUCCAAUAAUGUCCACCGGAAGUGUCGCUCCGGGGCCAUCAACAACUGCCUCGGGGAUGGCGAUUUGGAUUCCUUGGCCAAUGAGCUGGUGGCGGGGGGAAUCAGUGAUACCGAAUCCUUGCAGGAUCAGAUCAGUUUGGCGCCUGGUGGCGGGGGCAGUUCAGAUGGUGAAUCGGGAGGUGACGGGGCGGUAAGCAGUGUGGAGGAGAAGGCCGAUGAUGAUGAGGACAAAUAUGUGGGUGACUUGCUGUUCAAGACGAAACGCUUGGAGCCGAAAUUGAUCAUUAACGACGUGUAUGACGUGAGCGAGAACGUGGUGCUGUUGGGAUGCGACAAUGGCCUCUUCUCCUACAACACUGAUUCGUCCGAGCUGGUCCAAAUCCGUGGCAUAUCCAAUGUGAAGUCCUUCACCAUCUCGCAACACAUACCCAAAGCCAUCAUUAUCGGAAACGAUGGCGAGUACCUGUACCAGUGUGACCUGCGCCAUCUGCAUAGCCGUGCCCAAGCUUCAUCUUGCCUCUCGCCGAAGCUGGAGACAUUCGUGCUUGAUCUCUCGAUCGCCAACCGAACCCACAGCGAACGGUGGCACUUGGUUCGUAUGAUGGAUGACCCUUCGUGCCAACAGCUGUCGGAUGUGAUAGCAAUCGCUGCAACGUCCUCGAGGAUUGUCAUUCUCAAGUUCGAUACCAGUCUGGGACGGUUCAAGCCGGUGCGAGGAUUGGACACCGUUCUGCCGGUUACUUCGGUUCUCUUCACCAAGCACACUGCCAUUGUCAGUUCGGACAAGUUCUUCGAAAUCGAUUUGGGAACCUAUGGAGCCGAAGAGUUCCUCGACAUGUCCGACUCGAGUCUACGGGAUAUCCGCUCGUGCAGCCCGAUGGCAGCCUUCAAGGUUAACAGUCAGGAAUUUUUGCUCUGCUUCAAAGAAGUGGGGAUUUUCGUGGACGAGUACGGCUGUCGAUCACGACCGGAUAACAUCAACUGGCUGCAAGAACCACUCGAUUUUAGAUACCGCGAAUCUUGCCUUUUCAUUGCGCAUUCUGAUUGCGUUCAAGUUAUGUACGUUAGUAAAUCGUACACCAAAGAGAUAGAACGCAAAGAGUCCUCAGAAGAGCGACGAGCGUUCGUCAACCUCAACUCUCCACAGUUGUUGGCGUUUUUGGAUUUCGCUCGCACCAGCAUUUAUGUGGCCUGCGAGUGCGGUCCGGAAAAGGAGCAGGAGAUCAUUAUGUUGGACGGGUACAAAGCACUGCAGACAACUUCGCCCUGUAUCAGCAAUUCCAUGGAAACCUUGUCCAGUUUGUCGAGCUACCCGACGACGGUGACCCAGAGUAAUGAGACACUAUCGCUAGGACAUGCGGUCUGAGUACUUCUUGAAUGGUUGUUUUAAGUAUUUAGGGAACGGUUACUCGCAUGUGAGUGAUCAUUUUCAUAUGUGACAAGAACUAUGUUUCAUUCAAUUUCAAUAAAAAUUGUACUAUGUUUAAGAUAUUUAAAUCAAAA